AUGAACGACCCCGAGGUCGAAGCCGAGUCGCUUCUGCCAGUCAAGAACCUCCGCUCCAGAUUCGAGCAGCUCGCUGUGCAGGCCAGCGGGAACGACAAGCGCCAUUCAAUCGCGAAUGGCGAGCUGCUGGAUCCAGGGAGAGCGGGCAGCCCCCGACCUCGCGCGGCGUCGGGCGGGGAAGCGAAAGGACGACCGGAAGUCCACCAUCUUCGGUCUUCUUCAUCGUCCUCAGAUUUAAGGCCCGAGGGCUCGCCGACGCCUUCCACGAAGAGACCACCCCCGCCGCCCCCGCCUCGAGGCUCGAAAGGGCUGUCUCCUUCACCGUCGCCUAGGCCUUCCCCGCUUAUGAGACCCGUGCCCAUCCCCGCCGCCUUGUUGAACUUGCCUGCGCUGGAGGGGAGUCAGAGUACCUUGCCCUCAUUGCCUCCUCGUGUUAGUUCGCCUAGGCCGGGCGUACCACCUCCACCGCCGCCACCUCUGAGCAGACCCAGCGUUCCUCCAAGGCCGCUGAAGCUGCAGCAUCAGGAUAAUGAAGUCCCCAAGAUCCAUUCUCCUGAAUACACCCACUCUCCGGAAGAAGUCAUGUCGCCACCAUCAUUCACCGUUAAUCCUCCACCAGCACUCCCACCACGGAAGGCGACCCUCCUCCCGACAUCUUCGAAUUCAUCAUCAUCUAGCUUCGAUUCGUCUGCCCACUCUAGCCGCACUUCUAGCGAAAGCGAUCCAUUCCCAGCACGUUCUCCCUUUGCAUCACCUCCCCGCCCCCCGCCUCGUCCUCGAGUUACUUUGGAGCCUUCGCCAUUACCGGGCGCGCCACCGUUGCCUAUCCGACGCGGUACGUUAGCGGUCAAAGAGGAAGGCACUCCCCCAGAUUCUCCGGCCUCAUCCACACCGCGCAAAGUCCUAGGGACCGGCAAGCUCCCUCCCCCACCUACUCGGACUAUAGCCGUUGGGGACAAGCUUCCUCCGGCCAAGCGUCCUCCAGUAGGUGGUUCCUCUGAUGACGAAUCCGAUGAAGAAGAGACGGAAACGAAAGGGCUGGAUUUACUCCCCGACAGCAGUCAUUCCUCUAGACGGCCACCGACGUUGUCAUAUGUUCCAAGUCGUACAGAGACGAAGGUCCAUAUGUCUUCGUAUACCAAUCUCUUUGCGGUGUCGGGUGCUCAAUUAGUUAUAGCCACGCAUCACCACAUCAAGAUCUACGACUUGGCGACAGGCAAUGAUCAUCCCAUCUUUAGCAUCGACAACAAGGAUCUCGGAGCGAAGGAAGUGAAGGUCACUAGCAUGGAAUUCCGUGCUUCGAGUUCGACGGCGGAUCGCGGAUACCUUCUUUGGAUCGGGUCGAAGGAGGGGCAUAUAUUUGAGAUAGAUGUUCGUACGGGCGCCGUAGUGAGGAAAAAAUAUGCGGCCCAUCUACAUCCGGUAACAUAUAUCUUCCGAUAUGGGAGCACCAUGGUGUCGCUCGAUGAAUCUGGAAAAGCGCUUGUAUUCACGCCUGAGGCGGGAUAUGAUGUUGACCUGGCUAACACUCCGCACAGAGUGGUCAGAGUCACUGACAAGCAAGAUUUCGCUCGAUUGAUCGGCGGGAAGCUAUGGACUGCCUGUCGCAGCGAUGCCCAUGCACCUGGCACCACAGCGCGAACGCCGAUCAUACGCAUAUACGACCUCUUUACUCAAGGGGCUACCGGGCGAUCGAUGAUGCCUUCCGAGCAUGUAGGACCUGUCACCUCCGCCACGAUCUUGCCCUCGCAUCCUGGACACGUGUACGUCGGCCACGAGGAAGGGUACGUCUCGAUCUGGGUGAUGGAGGCGGAGGAUAACUACCCCAAAUGCAUUGAAGUUGUCAAGAUAUCGACUUCGGACGUGCUGUGUUUGGAGGGUGUACAUGAUCGCUUGUGGGCUGGCGGACGGAACGGGACGAUCACUGCGUAUGAUGUAUCCUCCCGCCCGUUUGUGGUGACCAACUCUUGGGUUGCACAUGUGACGAUGCCAGUUAUACGCCUUUCAGUCGAUCACUUCGGCAUUGAGAAGACGCGCAGGCUUUGCGUCGUCAGCGCCGGCAAGGACGAUAUGAUCAAGCUCUGGGAUGGACUGCUAGGGUUGGAUUGGGUUGACAACGAACUCACGAAGCAUGAAAAUGAGUUCAGUACAUAUCACGAAGCAAAGAUCCUCAUGGUUUCGUGGAAUGUCGAUGCGGCUAGGCCUGACAUGCUUACCGGCGACGCAGAGAAUAUCUCCUUCCUUCGAGAUGCCCUGACGAGUGUGGAUUCUCCCGACAUCAUCGUAUUUGGGUUCCAAGAGGUCAUUGAUCUGGAGAGCCGCAAAAUGACGGCAAAGAACGUCCUGCUGGGCGGGAAGAAGAAACCGGAGGAUGGAGGACUAUCCGACCGCGUCACCGGUGCAUACAAACGCUGGCACGAUGCUCUUGUACUUGCUGUCAGAACGGUCAUGCCACCCGACGUUCCGUAUGUGGUCGUCCUCACUGAGAGCUUGGUAGGCUUGUUCAGCUGCGUAUUCGUCAAACAUUCGCAACGUCCCCAAUUAAAAGACAUGUCCAUAACGUCGCUGAAGCGUGGUAUCGGUGGGCGAUAUGGGAACAAGGGCGGGAUUAUUUCUAGGUUUGUUGUCGAAGACACCUCGUUCUGUUUCAUCAAUUGCCAUCUUGCCGCUGGACAACACGCGUUGCGUCAACGAAACGCAGACAUUGGCGCUGUCUUGGAAUCGAAAACGCUAUUUCCGCCCGCGGACCAUCCGUUGGCAUACGUAGGUGGUGGUGACGGAGCCAUGGUUCUUGACCACGAGCUUGUCUUUAUCGGAGGCGACUUGAAUUAUAGGAUCGAUCAACGACGUGACCCCAUUGUGGCAGCUGUCCGUGCUGGUGAACACGAAUCAUUAUGGGUCCACGAUCAACUCCUGAAGGAAGUCAAGUAUAACAAAGCCUGUCGACUACGUGGAUUUUCGGAGGGUCCCCUGCGCUUCCCCCCGACGUACAAGUACGAUCGUCGUUCGAACGAGUACGAUAACUCGGAGAAGCGACGGCCGCCGGCGUGGUGCGACCGCAUUCUUUGGCGUAGCAAUGUGCCGAGUAGAGUUAAGCAGAUUCAUUACAAACGGUACGAAGCGAACGUAUCGGAUCAUCGGCCCAUAUCAGCAGGAUUCCUGGUGACGCUGAAGAGGGCACAAGCAGAUUUGAGAGAGGGAGUCAGAAUGAAUGUGACGAAGCGAUGGAGCGAGGAACAUUAUCGCCUUGUUGAGGCUGCAAGGGCAUUUUACGCCAAUCAACUAGUAAUAUAA